AGAGUGUGUGUGUGUGUGUGUGUGUGUGUGUGUGUGUGUGAGAGAGAGAAAGAGGUGUGAACUGUCAGACGAGAGGACUCGAUACCGAUGCGCUUGAAAGGAGUGAAGCAAAACCGCUUGUUGCGCUAUAAUUUUACACAAGAAGACGACAGGAAAUAUAGUUUGUUGUUGUGAUAUUUACUACCUAAUAUAGAUCUUUCGACGAAACAUAGGAGUGCAAUAACAGGCUAUAACCUCUGUCUUGCCAGGCCAUUACUCAUGCAUUGUGGUAAGCUAACUGGGUAGCUUUGACUUAAGGGAUUGUUCCAUAACCUGAAAAACAAAUCGCUUCCCUUUUUUGAAGAGGAAGAAGAGGAAGGCGGGGGCCGCAUAGCUUCUUCUGUAUUUCAUUUGUCUGGGGUCUGUGUUUUUUUAUUCUGCAAACGGAGCUUAUCUGAAUCAGGCUACUUCGUCUAUCUUCAUAUUAGGACGAGAGCGGCGGGUGUCGGAGAGGUGUGUGAGGAAGAGGCAACGUAGAGGAAGAGACAGGAAUGAUGAUGAUCGGUAAAUCGGUCAAAGACAUUGACAGAUAUCAAACUGUCCUCACUUCGCUACUGUCACUCGAGGAGAACAAAUUCUGCGCGGAUUGUAAAUCCAAAGGUCCCAGAUGGGCGUCAUGGAACCUGGGUAUAUUCAUCUGUAUCCGCUGUGCUGGGAUCCACAGGAACCUGGGCGUCCACAUCUCCAGGGUCAAGUCUGUCAACCUGGACCAAUGGACACAGGAACAGAUACAGUGUGUUCAGGAGAUGGGGAAUGCCAAGGCCCGACGACUCUAUGAAGCUUUCCUACCAGAAUGUUUCAUACGACCAGAGACUGACCAGUCAGCAGAGAUGUUCAUCAGGGACAAAUAUGAGAAGAAGAAGUACAUGGACAAGAUCCUAGAUGUCAACAGGCUUAGAAAAGAGAAGAGCUGUGAAAACAUCCCCAAGGAGCCUCUGGUGUUUGAGAAGAUGAAGUUGAAGAGAGAAAACAGCCCAAAGACACAGACCCAGUCUCCGUCUAUCUCAGACCUCCUAGGACUUGAUGAUCCUGCUCCCCAUGCUGCUAUAUCCAAUGGUAGGUCCAGCUCUGGAGAGAGGGGGAGUCCUCUGGUGGCUAACCCAGCUACGGUGCACUCUGACCUGAAUCUAUUCAGCUCUCUGCCUGCCUCUUCCUCCACCAACACCACGCCGGUGGGUAGCUCCAUGCCCAGGGGUUGUGUGGCUGUGUCGGUACCUGAGAACCUCAGCCUGUUCCUGGACUCAGCACCCAGACAGGAGGGCUCUAGGACAAAGAUGUCUAAGGACUCCAUCCUCUCCCUCUAUGCAACCACACCCACAUCGCACCAGAACCUAGCUGCACGGUCUGGCCUGUACAUGAACCCAGCCCAGCUGGGCUACUACGGAUCGUACCAUUCCCUGGCCACGGAGGGGGGAGCGAUGGGAGGAGCCAUGGUGACAUCACACUCCAUGAUGGCCCUGAGUGGUCAGCAGCAGAAUGGCAUGAUGGGAGGGCAACAGCAAAGCGUUAUGGGAGCUCAGCAGAAUGGAAUGGUGGCAGCACAACAGAAUGGCUUUAUGGCUCAACAGGGUGUCAUGGGGCAAGCAGUCAACACAUCCCUGUUCAUGACAGGAGUGCCACACAGCAUGAUAAAUCAUCAGCAAAGCAUUAUGGGAGCUCAGCAGAGUGUUAUGAUGGGAGCUCAGCAGAGCGGCAUGAUGGGAGCUCAGCAGUGCGGCAUGAUGGGAGUUCAGCAGAGCGGCAUGAUGGGAGCUCAGCAGAGAGGCAUGAUGGGCGCUCAGCAGAGAGGCAUGAUGGGCGAUCAGCAGAGAGGCAUGAUGGGAGCUCAGCAGAACGGCAUGAUGGGAGCUCAGCAGAACGGCAUGAUGGCAGCUCAGCACAGCGGCAUGAUGGCAGCUCAGCAGAGCGGCAUGAUGGGAGCUCAGCAGAGAGACUUGAUGGGAGCUCAGCAGAGCGGCAUGAUGGGAGCUCAGCAGAGCGGCAUGAUGGGAGCUCAGCAGAGAGGCAUGAUGGGAGCUCAGCAACAAAGCAUCAUUGGACGUCAACAGAAACGCAUGACGGGUGGAGUGGCGUCCGUGCCUCAGCAGGUACAGCAGGAUCAGUGCGCCAUCACUCAGAUGACCCAGCACAUGGCGGGGGUGAACUUCUACGGCACCAACGCCAUGACGGGAUAUGGCAGUCAGCACAACGGCGGACCAAAGACUCAAAACUCCAACCACAUGACGACAUCUCACGUCUGGAAGUGAUGUCAUCGCCCGAAGAGGAAGUUGAUGUCACUGAGCAGCAGUGGUGCUUGGAAUGUUUCGGGGACUUUUCGAAUGAACUUUCCAUCAGACAUUUUAGAUAACAUGGGAGGAGGAUGAGGAAGAGAAGGAGGGUGGGUACUUUACUUAGGCGCGCUUUCGAUCUCUCCUCUCUUAUUUCAGAGCCAUUUCCAUGCUUGCCUUCAGAUCAUUCUACGACCAAUCAAAGGACAGGGCUCAGAGUUGAAGACAUCACAGAGGUCAUACUGAACUGGGACCACAGCAUAGAAUACAUCUCAUAUCCAGUGUGUGGUUGUGUGUGUGUGGUUGUGUGUGUGGUUGUGUGUGGUGGUGUGUUUUUGUGUGUGUGGUUGUGUGUGUGGUUGUGUGUGUGGGGUUGUGUGUGUGU